UUUCAUAAUGGAGGACAAUGGGGGGUUAAAUAUCGAGGAUGUUAGGCAAUAUUUUGUAAUCAAAGGUGGAAGAGUAAAAAAUCAAGAUUUAGUGAAGCAUUUCAAGAAAUACUUUUUUUGUGAGGAUCAAGAAAAGCAAAUUGAAGCUAGAAACCAGUUUAAAGAUUAUGUCAAUACCUUGGCCAUAAUUAAACAAGAAGAGGGUGUAAAGUAUUUGACAUUAAAGAAAAAGUAUUGGGACAUUAAACCUUUAAGUCAAGUAUAUGACCAGUCAAAUUCAAGUUUUGAAAACUUGUCAUCAGAUCAGUCUCCUCAGACAUCAAGUCAGAAACGUCAUGGAAGCCCUGCCAUGGAUCCUACAGCAAACAGGAAAUAUCAAAAGGAAGUAGAAGAGAUGUCAAGUACAAGAUUAUUAGAAACUGUGAUGUUAACUACCAAUACAGUUGUUAGUGGACCUCCUUCAGGAAAUCACAUGCCUCAAUAUGUUGUUGGUAGCCCAGGUGAAGUUGUGACUCCAUCUGUUACAAAACAGCAAUACAAGGAAAUGCCACCAAAUCAACCACCACGUCCUCCACCACGACAGAAGAGUCUUUCAAGAAAGAAGGAAAACAGAGGAAUUAAAAUUGAGGAAAGAGUUAAACAAUUUAGUGAAGAAAGGCAGAUAGUUCAGGAAAGUCCCAAGGGGAGGGAGUUUGGUGAGUUGACCGUGAGUCCAGGAAGUGUAAAGGAACGUGCACAGAAAUUGAAUAAAAUGGCAUCUGAAUCUGAACUGUCUUUUAAACUCACCCCAACCUCAGGAUUAAGCACAGCAGCAAGAAAACGAGAAAAUAGGAUAUCUCAUCUUUCUAAUGAUAUUUACAAGCUCGAUCCGAGGCGACGAGAGUGGAUCCUAAAAGCAGCUCAAUCCGACUACCAUUCAUUAGUCCGUCUUCUGAAGGAAGAACCCAAGUUGGCCUUUUUCAGGGACUUUAUCACCGAGGUCACUGCUUUACAUUGGGCUGCUAAACAUGGGAAUGCCGAUGUUGUUAAAUUGAUGGCAGGAACACAUCGUGUAGAUGCCAAUGUUCGAACUCAAGGGGGUUACACAGCACUUCACAUUGCAGCGAUGGCUGGACACGAAGGUAUCAUGGAGCUACUGACCAGCACGUAUGCUGCCGACCCUUCUAUCCGAGAUUAUAGCGGCAGAAAACCCCAUCAGUACCUGACCAAGUGGCAGAGCUCCAAGAAGCCCUCCGGAUCACGUAAGCAACUGUCUGAAACCUCUAUUCCAAUUCCACCCCCUAUGGAACGUACACCUCUAUCUCGUACUAUUUCACGAACCAAGAGUUUUCGAAACACCCCUUUCUUCCGUAAUGCACUGCACCAAUCUUUUCUUCGUACGACUAAGCCGAAUCACUUGCGGUCGUCCACUCAUUCGAAACACCGUUCCGCUGUAUUGUCUAGUGUACAUCAUCAGCAUCAUACUAAACACCAAGUGUUCAAAAUGUCCGACAAGGAACUGAGCUUCAUGCGGAUUGGUUCUCUCAACAGUCGUGUGAAGAAAACGACAGCAGCGCUAACAGGAGGCCGAGGGGUGGUCAGGUUGAAAAGCUGUCGCUCAGCCGACAACCUCUCAGAACUGCUCGAACGACAAGUGAUGCCGCCUCCAAAAUUAGGGCCGGUGAAGAAAAAGAAAUCCAAGAAAACAAUCAACGCCGAAUUUUAUAGCAUCACCACUGACAAAGGUGACUCUGAUUCAGACAGCGCCUAUGGAUUCCAUUCUUAACUUCCAUCUCACCAAGAGCUUUUGUUAUAUUAUUGUUCUUGAUAUCAAAGGAGGAGAAAUUAUUUCCAGCAUUUUCUUUUAAGUAUAGAACAAAAGUAUUGCGUCAAAGACUGAAGUUUCUCAAUUCAUAAAUAGGAGGAAAGUUUAGUGGUGUUAUCUCGUUUGUUUCGGUGUAGCUAAGUUACAGUGGGGUGUAUGGUAUAUAUAUAUAAGUGCCGCUAGAUGGCAUAGGUGAUAAUGUAUUUAGAAAUUGUAUUGAAUGACUAAUGAGUCUGGAAAAUGCAAGGUUUAAAUAAGGUCACUCAGUUUAAAUUUUUUUAGUAAAAUAAUAUUCAUUUUUUUUACUGUCGAAGCGUUUUAGAUUAAAAAUGUAUUUUUAUAACGACCUUUCUAUUUUAUGUCACAUUCACAACGAAGCUUUACAUUGUUUUAAAUAGUAGCUUAGUUGCAUAACAUCUGCGGGUUCGAAUCCCCGUCCCACCAAACAU